AAAGAAGCGACCUAAAAUCACUACGGUGAUUCUUUUACACGUCACUCAGGGAGGAAGCUGUUUCUAAACUCUUCCACAUUCAGCUGAAAAUGCUGCUUGGUCUGGAGUUCUCCCGUAAGACGUUGCUGACUGAUGUUCUGGCGCUCUUUGGAUUAUUCAUUUUGGUUCUCUGCCUGCUGAAAUUCACCUGGAAAUGUUGCUGUGGAUUCAGACAGUAUGUCUUGUCGUCGCUUUGUCAGGCGGACCUGCGUGCGUAUGGACAGUGGGCAGUUGUAACUGGUGCCUCGUCUGGCAUUGGUAAAGCUUAUGCCACUGAGUUGGCACGUCGGGGUCUGGAUGUUGUUUUAAUAGGAAGGUCUGCCAAGAGGCUUCAAAAGGUUGCCGAAGAAAUCGAAAACAAGUACGGACAACAGACUCACACCAUCAAAGUGGACUUCACAGAGGGUGGCAGCAUCUACUCAACCAUAGCUAAGGAGCUCCAUGACCUGCAGAUUGGAAUUCUGGUUAACAACGUUGGAAUGAUCUGCAAUGAUCAUUUUGCCUAUUUUCUGGAAACAUCAAUUCGCGGACAGAAAAUCACUGAGAUCAUCAACUGUAACAUACUCUCUGUACCCCAGAUGACCAGGCUGGUUCUUCCUCGCAUGGUGCUCAGAGGCAGAGGAUUAAUCAUCAACAUCUCCUCUGAAAUGGGUCUCCGUCCACAUCCACUGGUGGCUCUUUAUUCGGCCACCAAGAUAUUUUCGAUACAUUUCUCCCAGUGUUUACAUGCUGAGUACAAGUCAGUGGGAAUCACAGUCCAGUGUGUGACCCCAUUCAUGGUGUCCACCAACAUGACAAACAGCAUGAAAGUCAACUUGUUUGUGAAGAGUGCUCCAGCGUUCGUCUAUGAUGCUUUGAACACUGUGGGUCACUCCACCUUCACCAGCGGCUGUCUGUCCCAUGCACUGCAGAGUGUGGCUUUCUCCAUUCUCGUGCCGGACUGGCUUCGGAUGUCGACAUUUUUCAUCCAGUGGCUGAGAAAAAGUCCGAAUAUAGAAACUUGUCGGAAAGAAGCGACUCAGGAAGAGGAGUGAAACUGGGCAAAAAAAAAUAACUGAAGGUUUAUUUUGUUUUAAAAGGUGACUGAAAUGACCGUUGACUUUUUGUUGUCCAACGCAGGCAUUAUAAGUCGUCUUAUUACCGCAGAAUAUAUGUUAAAACGUAUGUAUUAUAAACAUUUAUUUAUUAACAUAUCAGAUUUGUGUGUUUUAUGUCUCAUUGCUGAGAGUUGAGCUAAAUUGACUCCUCCAGUAUUAUCGUUACAGUAGCAUAACUGUGCAAUGCUACAAUCACAAAAAUAAUUCAAAAAGCAAAAUAAAAUUUCUCACAGGUUGACAUUUAUGUGCCUCAGAAAAAUAUGGUGCUGUAUUUAGUAAACAAGUAAAUACAUUUAAUACAUAAAUCUCAACCUAUUUAAAGUUAUGCCCAUGUGCUGUACAGCAUAUCCACUGGCGGCGCCGUAGUUAUGAAAGCAGCUUUGGAUUACACUGGACUUGAUAAAACACUAGCUGAAUAUAGCAAAAUAAAUCAGCACUCACUGUAGAAACUUCAGCAACUUGGAUUCUGUGCCUCUCCACUGUUUCCACAGACUCUGACCAAUGUGGUGCAUUGCUUCAUGAUGUCAGAACAGCAUCAAAAACUGUCAUUUUGAGGUAAGAUGUGGUAAUUUGCUUCCUUUGAG